AUGACGUGUCUAAAGCAGCAGCACCAGGCUGGGGGUCUGUGGGCAGUGCAGCAGGUGACAGGUGCCUCUAAAAGAACCUUGGCUGUUUUGCAGGAUAACUGGGAUGAUGAGGAGGAAGAGGAGGAGGUGAAGGAGACAGAGGUAAAACAAGAACCGAAAGUUUCGGAAAAAAAGAAAAUAGCAGAAAAAAUCAAAGAAAAAGAAAAGCUACAGAAGAAAAAGCAAGAGGAGCUUAAAAAAAGGUUAGAGGCACCUGAGGAGCAGAAGGAGCUCACACCAGAAGAACAGUUGGCAGACAAACUACGGCUAAAGAAGUUACAAGAGGAGUCAGACCUGGAGCUGGCAAAGGAAACCUUCGGUGUAAAUAGCACUUGUGGAAUAGAUGCCAUGAACCCCUGUUCCAAAGAUGACUUCACGGAGUUUGGGAAGCUGCUGAAGGAGAAGAUCACGCAGUACGAGAAGUCCCUACACUACGCCGGCUUCCUGGAAGCGCUGCUGCGGGACGUCUGCAUUUCCUUGGAGGUGGAUGAUUUGAAAAAGAUCACAAAUACUCUGACAGUAUUAUGCAGUGAAAAACAAAAACAAGAGAAGAAUAAAGCCAAAAAGAAGAAAAAAGGAGUUGUGCCUGGCGGGGGGCUGAAGGCGACCAUGAAAGACGACCUGGCUGACUACGGUGGCUACGACGGCGAGUACGUACAAGACUUUGAAGACUUCAUGUGACAUUUAUCUCCCUCCUGUUGUCUUUCUGUUGCCCAUAAUCCCUUAAACAUGUAGCACAACCUUUCUUCCUCUAAAUUCUGCCAAAUGCUACAAUCAGAAUUGCAGUAUCUGUGUGCUGGGGGCUGGAGGUGCCGGGGCCGGGCGGAAGCUCCAGCCGGGGCGGAAUGGAAAAGGUCUGGAAAUUGCAGUUAAAACCCAAAAUUCUGACACUGGGCACUGCUGCUAUUCAUAGCAACAGCCACUCAAUUGGGAAGGAAUUGGAACAAGGUGAAGGAUUAUAACCAGCACAGCUCCAUGACAUGGCCUUAACUGUCCCUGCUGCAGGGCCAGGGCUGAGCACGAGCAGUUUGCAGCAGGGGCAGGGUGUGCACGUAGAGUUCCAGUCGCUUUGUCUUGAGUCCAAGCUUGAGGAUUUCAGUAUUUUGGGAAGGGAACUGCACCUGGGAGCCUGGCCCCUGGGACAGCCACUGCUCCAGAGCCUGACACCUGAGCAGCACCUGCUGGGGCAGAGCAAGGUAAAAAACCCACUUGUGUCUUGAGGAUGAAGUUUAGUUCCACUCAUUUAAAUUUCUACUAAUGCAGCUCUCUGGGUUGGGUGUUCUUUAACAGUUAAUUAAGGGGUUAAGUGUAAAAGAAAAAACCAAACCACACAAUUCCUUGGGGCUCUCCUGGGCUGUGGUGGGUCUCUCACAACUGGGCCGUUUUCUUUCAUUAAAAACCAAACUUGCUUAGCAAACUGCAGCAGUUCCUACAGUUGGGCAAAUUGUUAUGUUAACAAUUACAACAUCUGCAAUGUUUUAUAAAGCAACUAAUUUAAUAAAAAUCACUAUUGAGGACUUCA